UUAUAAUUUUUAUGAUUUAUUUACAAAAAAUCUACGACAAUGGGAGAAAAAAUAGUACCUCUGGAGAUGAAUUUGGUACGCUACAGUAAUCCAGUAGCAGUCACAGAACGCGAAGAAAAAUCGAAAAACAAGAAACUUGAUGAAAAAGAUGGUCUAAUAUCAAAUGAAAAAAUUAAAGAAUGCGAUGAAAUUCUAAAUUGUAUUUUGCCACCAAGAGAAUGGGAAGAAAAUGGAAAACAGUGGAGACAAAAGGUUUCAAAUCAACCAGCUACUAGAAUGGAUGUAAUUAAGUUGACAGAAAUGUUAGAUAUGAGUUUGCAGCAUUUACAGGCACGAGAAACUGGUAUAUGUCCAAUUCGGAGAGCUCUUUAUUCUCAGUGUUUUGAUGAAAUAAUUCGACAGGUUACUAUUAACUGUGCAGAACGAGGACUUUUGUUACUAAAAGUCCGUGAUGAACUUAAAAUGACAAUGGAUGCUUACCGGUCAUUAUAUGAAAGUAGUAUUGCUUUUGGUAUAAGGAAGUCAUUGUCUGCAGAACAUAAUAAGCUUGACAUGCAAGAUCGAUUAACUGAAUUGGAAAUUGAAAAACAGAAAAUCAAGGAUGACUUAGCAACAGCAAUUGCAAAAUAUGAAAUGGCUCAAAGACAAGGAACUGAACAACGUAUUGCUGAACAACAAAGACACAACGAAGAAAUUAAUUUUUUGAAAAGAUCUAAUCAACAGUUAAAAGCUCAACUUGAAGGAAUUAUAGCACCAAAGAAAUAAUUUUUAAAAAUCGAGUCACUUGGCUACCAUACUUAAAUAAAAUAUGUGUAGUUUUUA